CUGUGAGGUCACUAUCAAUUUUGCCACAAAGUGACAUGUUGAGAAAGAGGAGACAUGCUUUACCCAGACCACAGACUGAAGCUGCUGCUGAUGAUGAUCUGGAUUAUAGUGAUACUUUUUAAUAAAACUGAUUCUACACAGAACAAUGAUAUCUCUCAGCCUGACCCACUGAUCGCUGCUGAUGUUGGUGAUAACGUGACUCUACGCUGCUUUACACUGAAAAAUGAUAUCUCUGGAUCCGUUGUUUGGUAUCAGCAAAAAGUCGGACACCAGCCUUGCGUAAUAGUCGCAGUCCAACAUGAAUCCAAUUAUGAAAAUGAGUUCAAGCCACCGAAAUUCAACAUCGAGAAAGAAAAAAGGAACUACCAUUUAAAAAUCGCUUAUGUGGAACCAUCAGAUGAAGCCAUGUAUUACUGUGGAUAUAGAAAAUUUUUAACGAGGUUUGGAAAUGGAACAUUUUUAGCAGUCAGAGGCAAUGAAGAUGUAAAUGUCACAGUGAGGCAGCAUAGAGUGUUAGACCCGGUUCCUGCAGGAGCCUCAGUGACUCUGCAGUGCUCGGUUCUCUCUGAGAGCAGAGCAGCAGAACUCCAAGUGCUCUGGUUCAGAGCUGCUCCACCACAAUCCCAUCCUCAAAUCAUUUACACUCAUCACAACAGCAGCCAUCAGUGUGAGAGCGGCUCUUCUACACACACCUGUGUGUACAACUUCACCAAGAACAUCCUCAGCCUCAACGAUACUGGAACUUACUACUGCGCUGUGGCCCUGUGUGGGAAGAUCGUAUUUGGGAAUGGGACACAAGUACAGCUGGUGAGAUCUCCGGAUCCAGCAGUGAUCUUCCUCACUGUAGCUUUGGCAGUGUCUGUGGUUGUGAUCUUCGCUUUGAUCGUUGUCCUAAACCGUAAAAAGAGUAACUGUGAACAAGGCAGUGGUAAGUCUGAGAAUUUUGACAAAGAGGAACUGUACACUGUACACUGUGUACACUGUGACAAAGAGGAACUGAAUUACGCUGCCUUACAUGUCAAUGAGAGGAGAGCCAAAAGAGGAAGAGUCAAGAAACAACCUCAAGAUAUUAUUUAUUCUGAUGUGCGAGGUCUUUCUAUAACUUAGAUUUAAUAUAUGAUAUGAUUCCGUAUCAAUCCUGUUCUUCCAUUCUCACAAUAAAAAAAUGACUUGGGCCAU